AUGAUUCAACUAUUUCCUCUUCAGAAUAAAAAGAUGCUACGAUUAUCGCUACCUUUUAUGUCUGUUGGAGUUUGCGAAGUGAUGAACUGUGUGGAAAAGGAUCUAAUGAGUUCUUUUCUCGUACACAAUACAAGAAACCGUGGGGCUUAUUCUGAAUUAUCAGGAACUUCUAAUUACAGCAAUUGCAAUAAGAAUAAGAGUAACUCUGAAUCAAGCCCUACUACUACUACUAGUUCUACUAGUACAAACUCUUUGGUAGUCCCAUUCAUGGGUGAAGUAGUUGCUGGUGGUCUGUGCGAUAGUUUUACAGGUCAUUACUGUCCACGUUUUAUUUCACAAUAUCUCGCUCGGGCUCUUAGCAUUCAUUCUGUUCUCCCUAGUCAUAUCGCACAACUUCGUCGAGAAGUAAAGGAUGAUGCUAUUAUUGCCUUAAUGAUGUCUGCCUUAUCACGUGAACGGGCAUUACAUGAUGUGAAGGGAUUAGGUGAAACUCAGCCGAUUCGUAGACUUUUCUCAGAAUGGGUAAUGCAUCAAUAUGCGAUGUUUGCUGAUAGUGCUUUCUUUGAUGUCUGUCGGAAGGGUAUUCUUCACACUGGAGAAGUUAUGAGAAAUGAUAAUCUUUUGGAAAGUGAAGCAGCCAAUAGUGGUUCUCGUGCUGUUUGGUUUACAGCCUCUGUAGCACCAUUUGAAUUACAACAAUGGCGUCAAAAGAAUAAGGAUGAGGUACAUCAUAGAAGUUAUGCGCCCCCUCCUCCUCCUCAGCCUCCUCAGCCUCCUCAGCGAUUUCUUGAAAUGAGAAAAGAUUCAUCUGAUAAUACCGUAGGGAAUAUAAGCGAUUCGUUUCCUUCUUUUGCUAUUGAUGUAUUAUUGAGUAAUGUUGGGGAUUCACGUGCCUUUGGAAUUGCACGACACUCACUCUCUGAAGGGAUACGUAGUUCACUUGAUCCAUCUCGUGAACGAAUUGUUCCUCUAAGCACAGAUCAUAAACCUCUUCGGACUCAAGAGUUUCGGCGUAUAUUACGUGCUGGAGGAGUCGUACGCUCUGAUGUUGGUGAUAUUAUCGAUGGGAAUCCCUUUUAUAAUGUUUCACGAAGUUUUGGACAUUGGUCAAUGAAAUGUGAUAUGAAAAGAUCACCUAGUGAACAGAAACUCAUUGCUCUCCCAUCUUGUAGUUCAUGGGAAAUGUUACCUGGUGAUGUACUUGUUCUUUGUAAUCAUGGUAUGUUUGAAACCCGUUCUCAACAAGACACUUCAAUGGAUGAACUUGCUAAAGUUGUGGGACGUGAACUACGGCGAGGUAGUUCACCUGAACAAAUUGCAGCUGCACUUUGCGAUCAUGCUAUUCGUUUUGGUGCCCAACAUUCACUACAAGCAAUGGUCGCAGUAGCCACAGAUACGAAUGCCAGCAGUAGUGAAGUAGAGCGGGAGGAGUGGGUGGAGCCAGGUCCUUUCUAUGUGGAACCCUUUCGCCAAUCUUCAGCGUACCGCAAUGCACUUUGUGUGGAUUGCGAUCGCUGCGGUGUAACUUUAGCGGAGUUGUUGGAAUUGCGCUGGCAACGCGUGCGGGAAUUUCUCCCAACUCGAUAUGCACUUCCACUGAUGCCUUACUAUGGGAAAGAAUGCUCCACACUUCAACAAAUUAUGGAUGAAGAAGCACUACUCUUCAAUCACGAAUCUCUACCUCCUCUGGGGGAAAGUAUUGAAAAAAUGACAAGUGAGGAGAAACGACGUGUUAAAGAAACCUUUGUACGAAUGUCAAGGUCUCUCUUAUCGUCAACUCCUCCGUUAUCGAUAUAG